GCUCUGGUGUGGAGGACCCCGUUGGGGAGGUGUCGAUCCACGUGGAGCUCAUCACCCACCCUGGCACUGGCGAGCACAAAGUCACCGUCAAAGUGGUGGCUGCAAAUGACCUCAAGUGGCAGACGUCGGGCAUCUUCCGGCCCUUCAUCGAGGUCAACAUCAUCGGGCCCCACCUCAGCGACAAGAAGAGGAAAUUCGCCACCAAAUCCAAGAACAACAGUUGGGCCCCCAAGUACAACGAGAGCUUCCAGUUCACGCUGGGCACGGAGACAGGCCCGGAGUGCUACGAGCUGCAGGUGUGUGUGAAGGAUUACUGCUUCGCCCGCGAGGACCGCACGGUGGGCAUCGCCGUGCUGCAGCUGCGGGACAUCCUGCAGCGCCCCGGCUGUGCCUGCUGGCUGCCCCUGGGCCGCCGCAUCCACAUGGACGACACCGGGCUCACCGUGCUCCGCAUCCUGUCCCAGCGCAACAACGACGACGUGGCCAAGGAGUUCGUCAAGCUCAAGUCGGACACGCGCUCGGCCGAGGAGGGCAGCAGUUAAACUCCUCUUGCCCCCCCUGCCCGGUCCUCGUCCCCCCCCUC